ACACGAUAACAAACUCAUUACCUCAUCAUCAACUGCAAACAUGGAUUGAUAUUGACAGAAAACAGCUCAAAAUGUUAUCUAAAUCGCCUCCAGCUUGUUGUGGUAUCCACUGAUGAACCAUCCUUCGGGUAGUGAUAGUAUUGAUAAGACAGUUUCCACCAAAGCUAAGAUAGAUUAUUUCGAUAGUCGUGCCUAUGAAUUAAUUCCAGUUCAAUUCGGAGAGCUUAGCUGUCAACACAUGCCCUGCAAGAUGAUUAGAAUUGCAUUACUGUGUCUAUGCGUGGCAUCCGCAUCAGCCUUCAGUUUCGGAAAGGAUUCCCGAAUUGUCGGUGGGGUCGAUGCUCUACCCGGAGAAUAUCCAUACGUGGUUUCAAUUCAGCGGACGUUUCUUUUCAUUACCAGUCAUAUUUGUGGAGGAAGCAUAUUGAACAAUUUCCACGUUAUAACGGCUGGACAAUGCUUCUUCAACAAUAACAGUGGUCGAUUCCGAGUGCAAGCAGGCAAACUUGCGUUAAACCAGUUCGAGGCGACAGAGCAAACCGUCAACGUGUUGACAGUUAAUAUUCACCCGAACUACACGGGAUCAUUAAGCUCUAGCGACAUUGCUAUAGUUCGCCUGCAAUCUCCUUUCGGUUACACCAAUUUCAUUCAGCCGAUCGUUCUACCCACGCCCGAUGCUAUCCCAUCGGGUGUAGUACGUUUGGCUGGAUGGGGAUCCACUUCGCUGAGCCUGCUUCCAAGCACCCCAUCAUUGCUGCAGCAAACACGUGUGGCGAUUUUCCCAAACCAAGAAUGUUUGCUAACGAUUGGCGGGUUUCUGCCGAUCACUACCGAAACAGUUUGUCUAGGACCCGUAACCGGCGGUAUUGGGGCGUGCAGUGGUGAUGCAGGUGGCCCGGUGGUACAGGUCAUCAAUAAUGUUAACAUUCUCGUCGGUAUCAUCACGUGGCAUCCUACUCCGUGUGGCGUAGCGGGAUUACCAUCGUUGGGAACCCGUGUGUCUGAUCUUAACGAAUGGAUUUUGCAAAAUUCUGUUGUUUGAGAAUAAUGACAUUUCUCUUACUAUCCAAAAUAAAGUUGAGUGUUAACAAAA